AUGACACCCUUUAAAGUGGUGUAUGGUCAGGAUCCUCCAGUGUUCUUGAAGUUGAGUGGUGAACCUUCAGCUAUAGAAGAUGUAAACGAGCAAAUUCAGGUUCGGAAUCAGAUCAUCUCCCUCUUACGGGACAAUUUGGCUAAGGCUCAAAGCAAAAUGAAAGAGCAAGCCAAUAAACAUAGAAGAGAUGUCCAGUUCAAUGUUGGAGAUUUUGUCUAUGUGAAAUUGAGACCCUACAGGCUGAAAACGUUGGCUAAGAGAGUCAAUGAAAAGUUGAGCCCUCGUUUUUAUGGCCCUUUCAAGGUUCUUGCGAAAGUUGGGAAUGUAGCCUACAAACUGGAAUUACCACCCACAGCUCGCAUUCACCCGAUAUUUCAUGUUUCACAACUGAAACAAUUUGUGCCUUCGAUGGUGGUGAACCCUACCAUUCCUCCUUCCCUUUCUAGUGAACUAGAACUACAAAUGCAACCCAAAGAUAUUAGAAGGGUUCGUCGGCUUAUGAAUGGACAGCAAGAAGUGUUGGUUAAAUGGCACGAUCUACCUGAAUUUAAAAAUUCCUGGGAAGGUGCAGACUUGAUUCGCAAGAAAUUUCCAGCAUUUCCUUUUGAGGACAAGGUGAAAUUUUUAGGGAAGGGUAAUGAUAGAGCCCCUCAUUAUUUUACUAAGACAUGUCAAAGAAAGUCAAAGGGGAAGAAUGACUCUAGUAGAAUAAUAAUGACUAGUCCAGAGGUUUAUCCUUCGGUCUCUAGCCGUAAGGAACAGUAG